AACUGAGGGGCACCCUUUUCCUGCAAUGACGUUUUUUGUUUGGAUUUGGCUCACUUUAAUGAGUUAGCUAUAAUCACCGUGUAAUUAUUCUUAAUGCGCAUGUGCAGUAAAAUUUCAACGUGACCUCACUUUUCUUUAUUCCACAAAUGGAGUCUUGGUGUCUUCAAAAGCGGUGUUCGAGCUUUUCUUGUCUUGUGGCCCAUUCUUGCUGUUGCCGCUACAUAUAUCAGUAGCCUGGUUUCUUGAAUCAAACAAGUAUUUGUUUGUAAUCUAGGAGCUCGGUUUUGCAAGAUUCGCUUUUUUGGAUUUUCGGAUAUGGGCUUGUCUUGUUGUUUUUUCAGCUCACCAGUAUGUGUAUCUCUUAGGAUUGACUGCCCAGGAUUACCUUCUAACACUUCAUGCAACAAUAUUGUAAGCCAAAGAUGUAAUUUUAAGAGCAGGAACACUGAACUGUUUGGCCGAGAAAUGGUAGGAAAGGACGUGAACCAAUGUAUUGGCUGGAGUUUUCUUGGAGGAUCGAGAACCAUCCAUAAAACGAAUCUUUCAAGAAGCAUCCCGUGCAGGAAAAGCUCAGCGGUAUAUGCUUCAUGGCUGCCAUGUUCUGAAAUUGCGAGCAGAGCUUUUACAUUGGGCACAGCUGCCGUUCUUCCAUUUUAUACCUUAAUGGUUGUAGCCCCCCAAGCUGAACUUACGAAGAAGUUAUUGUCGAGCAGCAUCCCCUAUAUGGUUCUUGGAGUAUUGUAUGCUUAUCUGUUGUACCUAUCCUGGACACCUGACACGAUACGGCUGAUGUUUGCAAGUAAAUACUGGUUGCCGGAGCUGCCAGGUAUAGCUAAGAUGUUCUCCAGUGAGAUGACACUUGCUUCCGCUUGGAUUCAUUUGUUGGUUGUUGAUCUUUUCGCUGCAAGGCAGGUUUAUUACGACGGGCUGCAAGAAAAUAUAGAGAUCCGUCAUUCGGUUUCUCUUUGCCUGCUGUUUUGUCCCAUUGGCAUUCUAUCUCAUUUCAUCACUAAAGCUCUAACCAGCAAAGAACAUAGAAUUCAUUGACAAAUAUUUUCGUCCCUUUGUAGAGCGUAGAAGUCUCGUUUCCUGGAUAAUUGAGACAUGUUUGAUGCAGUAGAUUUUUCAGUAAAACAUCAAGCAAUUAGCUGUGUUUUCUAUUAAGCCUAACUUCUCAGAA